CGAUUCACGAGCAGAUCGGGGCAACUAUGCGCGGGACCGCAAUGCAUGGCGAGCUCACGACUCCCAGCAGAGUUCUCAAAGGCCUACCCAAGAUCCGUACUACCGUGAAGACGCUUAUACAAGACAUGACGACUACUACUAUCGCGACUCUGCUUCAACGUCACGAACUACUCAAAGUUAUCCACCCGAGUAUUGGCAGCCAUCUGAACCUGCAAGAUAUCCCCCAGAUGAGCGUCGAGAAUGGCGUCCGCGAGAGCAGUUGUCUUACGACUCUCGUCCGCCAGCGUAUGGUACCUACGAGCGUGAUGACCGUUACACGCAAUCUCGUCAUUCUGACGAUCGCUAUGUUCAACCUGAUACUCGUGCUGAUCCAUAUGCAUAUUCGCGAGCUGUGGGUGAUCGCUAUUCUCAUUCACUGACCCAAGAUAACGGCUGGCCGCCACCGAGACGAGAAGUGGCCUACGAUGACCGAUACUCCCGUUCCGUCCCCGAAAACAAUAAAGCUUGGCCGUCGAGAGACCGGGUCCGUGAUGAAGCAUAUUCAAAACGUGCACGUUCUGCACAGUGGGACAGACGGGAUGACAAGAGGACGGUGGAUGAUUCCUCUUGGGAGCCAGCACCGGGGUGGAAGGAGCGGGAGGGGAACACUGUUCGGGAUGAAAACGUUCCAGCCAGCUCCAAGAAGAAGAAGAAGAGCAAAAAACAGCGGGACAAGAAUAAAGAGAAGAAGAGAGGGGAGGAAGAGUUGCAGAAGGAAACAGAGAAAGAGAGGGAUGACGAAAGUAAUAGGGGUACACGGGAAGACAGGAAGAAAAAUGGAACUGUCCACAAUGGUUCACGAUGGUCGGAUGACGAGAGAGAGAGUCCAACACGAAAACGGCGGAAAUCCGUGUCUCGCUCUCCAUCCAAAGAUCGAUCUUCCCAGUCCCCUACACCCAAGCGUCGACGGUUAAGCACGUCAGAACGUCUUCACGCCGAAGACGUUCAUACGGCACACGAGACACGUGGAAGGGCUGGUGGUAUCAGCCCUGCGGCUCUUAAACAAAAGGCACGCCGUGAGGCUGACAUUCCUGCCAAACGAAAGAGAAUGCCAUCGUCUUCCCCCGCAUCCCGUUCACCAUCCACGCCAUCUUCUCACGCAAGCCCUAAACCACGCAGUCCAAAGCCAGUGCAUCGUCUGAAUGGCGCUUUACCUGUUAAAAUCACACCCACGAUCAUCCGCCCUCCUCCGACUGGACCUCGACAGUCGCAAACCUCCGUGGCACCACUUAACGAUCAUGUUAUCCCGAGAGCUCCCCGAGCGGCCGUAGUUGGCAGUGGAGCCCCACCUGGACCGGCCAACAGUUCAAUCCGUCGGUUCUUUCCAGGAGACGAAGAAGACACUGAGCCGACGAUUGCUACUGGUCCGAGAGGUUCGACUGCACGAAAGCCACCGCGUGGCCCUCGAGGAAGUAAUGGUCAGACGCGGUCUCCCGUUGAGGAGAAGGAGGAAGGCAAGCCCGAAGAUCCUGCACGCGCUGCGGAGGAAGAUCGCAUUGUGCGAGGUGGAUGGUCCAUUAUUCGUCCAGGAAUUCCAGGUAAAAGUCGAGGUGAUGCAGAAUCUCAAGCAAAGGAAGGGAAAGGCAGUAAGCAGCAUGAUGAAUCUCCAGAACCAGCGGCAAAAGAGCAUCGCGAAGAUCGGGCAGAGGAUAAUCGUCGAAAAGAUGAACUACGAACUGAUCGGCCACCUGAACGUGCGUACGAUGAUCGGCGCUCUCGGGAGCCGCCAAGCGAGCACACCGGCGGUUGGCAAUCAUCUCGGGACUAUUCUGAGCCUCGCUAUCGAAGUCGUUCCCGAAGUCCACCUCGGAGGAGAAUGCAAGAAGCCGAUGACCGAUAUCAUGAUCGAUAUGAAGAGUAUGGACGAAGUCGACGUGAUCACAGGGCUGAACGUGAUUACUAUGACUCCACCGAUGAACGCUAUACUCGCGGCUAUGGAGCAUCAUCACAAUUGCAUGGCACGUACGACGAGAGGGAGCGCGAUCACAAUCGGGACAAUCAUCCCGUCGGUCCUCCUAGGCAUCCCGCGCCUCCUGGACGAGCAAGGCCGCAAGAGCAAGUAGCAAAUCGAAUCUUGCCCACGCAUCGCACUUCGCGAGACCUAGCAAUCUCAUAUCAAAUUGGUAAUGCCGUCGGCGAAGGCACUUUCGGCAAAGUCUACAAAGCCACCGAUUCAGCAACUGGCGUGUCAGUGGCUCUGAAGCGAAUCCGCAUGGAAGCCGAAAAGGAUGGGUUUCCUGUCACAGCAAUGCGGGAGAUCAAGAUUCUCCAAGCAUUGCGGCAUCCUAACGUCGUUGGGCUGUACGAAAUGAUGGUUGCCAAAGGUUCUGUGUACAUGGUCUUCGAGUAUAUGGAGCACGAUCUCUUGGGCGUCCUAUCACAGUCGCUGUUCAGUUUCACCGAUGCCAACCUAAAGUCUUUUUCAAAGCAGAUGUUGGAAGGCCUAGCCUACCUGCACCAUCGAGGUAUCUUGCAUCGUGACCUGAAGGGCUCAAAUAUUUUGGUCAAUAAGCACGGUGAACUCAAACUCGCGGACUUCGGCCUUGCCAGGUUCUACAACAAACGACGACGACUCGAUUACACCAAUCGGGUCAUCACACUCUGGUAUCGGCCCCCGGAGCUUCUUCUGGGUGCCACAGAAUAUCAGGGCGAGGUCGAUGUUUGGAGCGCUGGAUGUAUUAUUGUGGAGCUAUUCAAUCGCGGAGCCCCUUUUCGAGGCGAGACAGAGAUUGAUGAAAUUCAAUCUAUCUUCAGGAUUAAGGGCACGCCGAAGCUGGAGGACUGGCCUGAGGUGACAGAACUUCCAUGGUACGAGAUGCUUCGACCUAAGCAACAGCUUCCGGAUCGUUUCGAGGAAACGCUCAAAGAUGCACUCCAUAUGCCGGGGUUGAUGGAUCUCGCCCAGCAAAUGCUGAGGUAUAAUCCCCGCAAGCGUAUCACUGCGGCUGAGGCUCUCGACCAUCCUUACUUUACCUCACUAUUACCAGCACCUCAGCUGCCGACUCAGAUGGAAACCGUUGAAGGAGAAUGGCAUGAACUCGAGACCAAGCCUAUGCGCGACAUGGCUAGGCAAGAAGAGAAGAAGAGGAGGGCUGCCGCGGCAGCAGCGGUUGUACAGGAGGAUCUCGGUAAUGUUUCAGCUUGAACCUUGUAGCACCAAGGCAUGUGCACCCAACUUUUCACUAUUCAUACCUCACCCAACCUGUAUCCAUACAAUCUCCCGUCUCUAUCUG